CACGCGCUACGUUCCCGGCGCCGCCCCGCACUCGGAGCCUUGCGUCCCGGCCCGAUGCCCUGGCAUUCCUCUCAACAUGGGCCACUUAAAAAUGUUACUUUUCUUGGUGUCCACACGUUGUGCACCCCCGGCCGCAGGCCUGGGAGCGCGGCGCUUCCUCCUCGCCAGGCCUGGGAAGGCGGGCCGGGUUCCCUCCCGCAGAGCGCGGCUUGAGCAGCGCCCCACGGCCGUGGAGCCCUGGCUCCUCGCGCUGAGUUUGAUCACUCACCCUGGUGGAUCACCAGCACCUCCACUUCCUCACUGUCAUCAGAGACCCAAGAACCGCCCUCCCCCUCUCUAGUGCCAAUUUCUGUUGGGAUCCUGACAGUCUGACCACCCUGGUGAAGGAUUUUCUGAAUUUAGAUCGCGUCCACCCAGCCGUGUACCCAACAGCAAAGUUGUAACCGAUUCUCUUUGCAAGCUCAGUGCUUAACCUGACUGAACUGGCUGCCCUUCGUCCUGACCUUGGGAAAUUAAAAAAGAUCUUGUACUUCCAUGAAAAUCAAUUGGCAUAUCCUGUCAAGAAAUGCCAGGAGAGGGAUUUUCAGUAUGGCUACAACCAAAUUCUUUCAUGUCUAGUGGCUGAUUUGGUGGUAUUCAACUCAGUUUUUAAUAUGGAGUCAUUUCUCACUUCUAUUGGAAAAUUCAUGAAGCUAAUUCCGGAUCACAGACCCAAGGAUCUGGAAAACAUCAUCAGACCCAAAUGCCAAGUUAUUUACUUUCCCAUCAGGUUUCCUGAUGUGAGCAGAUUCAUGCCCAAGCACAAAAUAGCCCAUUUACAGAAGAUGCUCAGCCUUAACGGAAAUGGUGGUGCUACUCUAUCCAUGGCCCAUCCUUCCCGACCAGAACGGAGAGAUUCUGAAAAUUUAUUGGAGAAUUUUAAUUUAGAGUGUGAUGUACACUCUAGCCUCAAUACUGCACAAGAAAACCUGGACAGCUCAUCAAUGCAGGAAUCAGACUUUAAAAAAUCUAACUCAACAGAUAAUUCAAGCUCUCUUCAUGUGGAAAAUAAAGAGAAUGUGACUCGUAAUCCCUGUGACAUUUUGGGUGGAGCCGAUGAUCAGCCACGACCGUUGCACAUUGUCUGGCCUCACAGGUGGGAACAUGACAAAGAUCCAGAGACCUUUUUUAAGGUAUUAUUGCACCUAAAGGACUUACAACUCCAUUUUCAUAUAUCUGUCCUCGGAGAAACUUUUACAGAUGUCCCAGAUAUAUUUUCAGAGGCCAAGAAGGCAUUGGGAUCUUCAGUCUUACACUGGGGCUACUUACCCUGCAAAGAUGACUAUUUUCAAGUCCUGUGCAUGGCUGAUGUUGUCAUCUCAACAGCUAAGCAUGAAUUUUUUGGAGUGGCAAUGUUGGAAGCUGUAUACUGUGGUUGUUACCCACUUUGUCCCAAAGAUUUGGUUUAUCCCGAAAUAUUUCCAGCUGAAUAUCUGUAUUCUACACCUGAACAGCUUUCAAAAAGACUCCAGAAUUUCUGCAAGAGACCAGAUAUUGUAAGGAAACAUCUCUAUAAGGGUGAAAUGGCUCCGUUUUCUUGGGCAGCCCUACAUGGUAAAUUCAGGUCUCUGCUUACAGGAGAACCUAAGGAAGAUUUGUGACAGAUGGGGCUAAGUCACAAACUUGCAGCCUAAGGCAGAAUCUGAAGAACUUUCCAGAGUGUGCCCAUAUUUACCUGAUCAGAGAGAAAAGAAAAUCUGCAGAGGAAGCUGAGCCUGGCUGCUUGUCAUAGCUGACACAGAGCCAUCUGCCACAAACCUGUGGCAGCUUCAGAUCUCCAAUCCCUGCCACCACCCCAACUCAAAUUAAAUGCAGAUUCCUGGAGACGUUAUGAUGGUUACACAUGUCCUCGGCAUCACAUGUAGGAGACUGUUCAAAAAAAAAUAUGUGGCCUGUUGUAUAACCGCACUCAUGUAUCCCAUAUGUGGUGCCACAUUGAAUUUCCGGUUGAAUCCGUUUUUAUCCUUUGUACUGGAUGACAUGGUGCCUGAAUUCUUUCUUUUUGCUGACACGAUGGCAGCCAAACUGCAGCUUCAAACACUCACACUUGGCUGGGUUUCUACCUGAUUUGCCAGGUUAUCAUCGGAGUCUUCUUGUGUCCUCAAAGGGCCACAGGGUCUUAAUGCAGGCUCUGAAUGUGCCCCAACUAAUUGGGCAGCCACCUCAAAAAUGUGGGCAAAGGGCUGCUUUAGCAUUUUUCCUUCAGCAAAUUAAUGACUCUCUGGCAUGGAAGUUUUUAAGUGAAGGUAUUAAUAGAACUCUGGCAGGUAUUCCCAUGAUUCACAGGGUUACAUUUGCAUUUAAUUAAUCUUAAAGAAAGUUGCAAGAUAAACAGCUGUAAUUCCAGCAAACAUGACAGAUACAGUUAGCGGAGCCCUUUCACCCCUAAAAUGAACACUGAGAUAUUUGUUUUAAUUUUUUCCAGGAGUCAAAAUAGAGAAAUCAAAAUACUUCUAACAGAACCAUCAAUUUGAUUAAAAUAUUCUUCAAAAAUAUUUGCAUCUAGCUACAAAUACAAUCUUUAAGAAAUACAUCACUCAUGAUUCUGAUAGUCAAACUAAUGUAUUUGUUGGUAUAAAAAUGUUUUAAAUGGCUAUAUUUUAAAAUAAAUGUUUUAAUAAAGUGCCCACUGCAGUGUUUAAUUAGCAUAUUUAUUUACAUAGACGUAUGUGCAUCUCUCUUUAUAUUUCUCACUGAACAUUUUCCUUGUCAGGGACAACGAAUACUAUUGUUUCUUUUCUCGAUGAACAUGGAUCUGUUUUGCAAAUGUUUGUAAGAUAAUAUGACACUUCCAAGAUUUUCUUUGCAUUCUGGAAAAGCAGGAGGUAAACAUUUGUAGUCAUUAAGGUAAAGUCUGUUGAUAAACCAUCUUCUGUUUACUGACAGGUAAAUUGUAACUUCCCUAGCUUUUGAAAUAAAUACCUUCUAUGCACUGCA